UGAAGGAUGACCUUUGUCGGAAAGCCAUUACUCUCUUUUAUUUGAUUGGCUCAAAUGACCCCCUUUUUCCAUAUACGUUAAAGCUGAGGGCUGCUUUUCUGUUAUUGAAGCACUGACCCUUUGGGAGCAAUGGCGGAAUCUGAAUUACCGCUCCCCAAUUGAGUCCUUUCACUUGUAGCCCGUGAAGUGAGUACAAUGUUUACUUCGCUUAAUCACGAUAAAGGAUCGUUUGUAGAUCGUGCAAAAGCAGAACGUAUUGAACGUGAAAAGAAAAGACAAGAAGAAACGAAGCUUAAACGACAAGGAAGUGCUGUUCGCGUUUUACAACGAUGGUGGCGACAACGGAACUAUCGACCGUCUGACGCCGACAUGUGGCGUGAAUGGGAUCAGAUGCUGGAUUCCGAAACCAAGAUGAAUGAAGCUGAACUAUUACGCUGCCUCGGUUUAUAUUGUUUAUUCAGCCGCUCCUAUCCUUCCGACAAACGGUUAACCAGAGUCGCUCAGUUGGUCCUGAGAUAUACAUCUGUCUCUGUACCUUCCUUUUAUGUCUUGUUGGUGAAUCGGGACUAUAUGCAAAGAGCUGAGCGAUAUCUACUGGACGUGGUUAACCAGCUUCUUAAACGAGUUGUUACAUGGAACGAUGACGGUACUAUGUAUCUUACCGGGGUAGAACUCACUGUAUUAUUGCAAUUGCUGAACCCUACCUCUUAUCAGUUAAAGCAAAUGCCUCCCGCAAAUAGCGUCAUCGACAAUCCCAAACAAACUUUACGCGCCACGGGUUGCAAAGUUUUGGAAAGCACACUGUGCAGUUUUUCGCUACGUGAGGCCAUGACAGUUCGAGUACAGCAAAUUGUUCGCUUGGAGGAACGCAGCAAGAAGUACAGCCAAGGCAACAGCCUUCCCUCUGAUACCAAAACUAUCCAGGGCAUGAAACUUUGGUUGUCCACCAUGGUUAGAAUCGCGUUAUUCCCUAUUGAAAAUGUCAAUCAAUUAUUCAACAUUCAAAGCUUGGACACCAGCGCGCAUUAUAUAUGCGAGAAUAUAUUAGCUACGCCUGCCAUUACUGCAAUCACUGAUCGAAAUAUGACGAACCAUUUGCGUACCUGGACCAUGAACGUCAUUUAUCCGCUCCUUACCGAUAAGAAACACAAUCCAUGGGCAGAAGCCUUGGACGGCAAUAGCUGUCUGUUUUUGCUUGGCAACAUUGUAGAGCUGGCACGUGAAAAAGAAAGCAAAAGUAAGCGAUUCGUGGAAUUUGUCAAUGCAUGUCUUCGACGCUUGGCUUGCAGCUUUUCGGAACGACAGAUACCCCCAUUUACUCAUUACCAUCCUUUAUUCAAAUGGUCGUCGGCAACGUGGGGCAAUUCUCUCGAAGCUGCUGUGUACGAUCGCGUGGUGUCGCAAAUGGAGUUUCUUUGGUCAAUCGAUUAUAUUGCAGACAUUCUCGUUGAUGUGUUAAAUUUUUCACCCAUGGAAAGCAUACUUGCACCGAGUCGUACAUCAAAAUGGCGCGGAGCUUUGAAAAAACUUUCCGGGACCGAGGAAGACGGACAGACUGAAAAAGGCUACUACUAUGGGCUAUUUUCCAUGGAGGUGCAAGCGAUUUUCAGCAUGUAUCAUCAACUAUCGGCUCUGUUUACUGUCAACCGAAAAACAAUUCUAUAUCGACUGGCCUUUACGAAGGACCUGAUUCCGAAGCUGUGGCGUGUGAUGCAAUGUUUUGGUCCGCGAGGCAAUAUGGCGAUUUACUUGGAUGCGGCUCGAAAAUCCAAUACGGCUAUCGAAAAGGAACCGCUGAUUAUCAUUCUCAAAAUCUUUUGUGAACUGUGUUCUAUUGUAUUCCUCACUUUGGAUGAUGUAGACCUCUUUCAAAAUCAAAAACCGCUGUCAACCGACGACGUCAAGAAUAUUGGAAGCUUCCUCAACAAAUUCUACUUUGCUUUGAUUCAACAUGAACCCGAUGAAAAGAAGGUUAUACCGGCUUCUGCGGCCUAUUUUCAGUCAGCACGGCGGCUAUUGCUGCAAAUUUAUGAUUUGGACACCCGGCAUCGAUUCUGCCCUUCGGAUCAUUGGUUGCUGGUUUCCGAUCCAAUGAAUAAGCCAGGUUUCCUCUCGUUGUUCCAAACCGAUCAAUCCAAUGCAACUGAUUUCCUUGCACGAGUACGUGAAGGGGAAUCUAUUCCUCUGCGUAUUUUACAGCUGAUGCCGCAUACCAUCCCAUUUACUACACGGUUAAAAAUAUUCCGAGAUUGGAUCACUCUGGAUCGUGCAACGGUGAUGACCAAGCACGUCAGGUCGAUUACGGUGCGAAGGAAGUAUCUCUUAGAAGAUGGUCUUCGUGGACUCUCCGGCUUACCGCCGUCAGCUUGGAAAGGGACAAUACGUGUCACCUUUGUCAACGAAUAUGGCACGGAAGAAGCGGGAAUUGAUCAGGGUGGACCAUUCAAAGACUUCAUUACAUUGAUCGUUCAGGAAGUAUUCAAGCCCGAUUUUGGUCUGUUUACAUCUACGACCAACAAUAUGCUUUAUCCAUCGCCUUCAUCAUCGAUCCACGGUGCUCGUCACAUUAGCAUUUUUGAAUUCAUUGGAAAGCUCAUGGGCAAAGCCGUCUAUGAAGGGAUACUAUUGGAUGCACAAUUCGCUGGUUUCCUUUUAUCCAAAUUGCUUGGUCGAAAUGUCUUUUUGGAAGAACUGAAAGAGUUGGACAUUGAUGUUUGGCGUAAUUUGACAUUUCUCAAACGCUAUGAUGGCGAUGUGGAGGAUCUGGGCCUGACGUUUGCCGUUGACGAAGAAGUGGUUGGUGAAAUGGUCACCCACGAAUUGAAAUAUUAUGGCAAACACUUGACCGUAACGAACCCCAAUAAACUCGAGUACAUAUUUCUAAUGGCCGACUACAAGCUAAACCAACGAACGCGGGAGCAGACAGCAGCGUUUGUCAAUGGUUUUCGGAGUGUCAUCUCGGCGUCAUGGAUCAAGGUGUUUUCUCCACCUGAGCUACAAAGGAUCAUUUCAGGCGAAGACACUGACUUUGAUGUGAAUGACCUUCGCAAGCAUGUCGAGUAUCAAAAUGGGUAUUUUGACCAGCAUCCCGUCAUUCGGCUAUUGUGGCAAAUUGUGGACGAGUUCUCAUCUGAAGAUAAACGAGCAUUUCUCAGAUUUGUUACCAGCUGUUCGAAGCCUCCUUUGGGUGGGUUUGACUACCUUAGUCCACCAUUCACCAUCCGUAUGGUGGCCACCGAAGCCGAUCCUUCAAAUACCGGCAACACCAGAGUCAAAUUGGUAAAAUCCUUGUUUAAAGGAAGAGACAAUAAAAAUGGCUGGUUACCGACCAGCUCGACAUGUUUCAACCUAUUGAAGCUGCCAGCGUACACUAAAAAGUCUUUGUUAAGAGAAAAGCUGUGCUAUGUCAUCCAUUCAAACGCUGGUUUUGAACUAAGCUAGAAACAGCUUAUGAUAUUUCCUGGUCGAACUCGUUAGUCUUCUUUUUUUGAAACUGAUUCAUGUGAUUCGAUAGACUGACAUAUUUAUCGAAUGACGGGUCAUUCUGGAAAUUGUGUGAUGAAUAAAAUUACAAUAUCAGACAAACAUAAU